UUACUAUUUUCUUUUCCUUGUGUCAUCACUCAUCACCAUUACUCGCACAGGUUAGAGAGAGAGAGAGAGAGAGAGAGAGAGUGUCUGUGUCUCUGUGUGUGUGUGAGUGAGUGAGGUUUCAGAGAAUCAAAUGCUUUCUACAAAGAUAUCCCAUUUGUUAUUGUCUGAUAUCUAACGCAAAGAAGAAAAGAAAAGAAAAAGGCUACAAUUCCUACAAAUCAGAACUUGUUUGACAGCUGAAAAGGCUAAGCAAAAGUUCUGUUACUGCCACUCUCUCUCUCCCUCUCCUGUAAUAAACAGGGAAGGAGGCAAAGAAGAAAAGAGAAGAAUCUUGGCUUCCCAUCUGAAAGACCGUGACAAUUCUUCAAUUCAAGUAAAGCAAUUUAUCUUUGUGUAGAUCAGAGAUUCCUUGUUGAUUCUCAAGAUGGUUUCAAGGUCAUACUCAAACCUCUUGGAUCUUGCUUCUGGUGAGUCCCCGACUUUUGGUCGUGAGAGGAAGAGACUCCCUAGAGUGGCAACUGUUGCUGGAGUAUUAUCUGAGCUAGAGGACGAAAAUAGCAACAGUGUUGGCUCUGAUGCUCCCUCAUCUGUCUCUCAAGAACGGAUGAUCAUUGUGGGAAACCAGCUUCCCCUUCGGGUACAUCAAAGUCCUGAUGGAAAUGGAGAAUGGUGCUUUAGCUGGGAUGAAGAUUCUCUUCUCUUACAACUCAGAGAUGGUCUUGGAGAAGAUGUAGAAGUUAUCUAUGUUGGUUGUCUUAAAGAAGAGGUCGACCCCAGUGAGCAAGAUGAUGUAGCCCAAACAUUGCUUGAAUCUUUCAAAUGUGUUCCGGCUUUUAUCCCUCCUGAACUUUUUAGUAAAUACUAUCAUGGAUUCUGUAAACAGCAUUUGUGGCCUUUAUUUCACUACAUGCUCCCUCUAUCACCAGAUCUUGGUGGCAGGUUUGAUAGGUCACUUUGGCAGGCUUAUGUUUCUGUGAACAAGAUAUUUGCAGACAAAGUAAUGGAAGUGAUCAGCCCUGAUGAUGAUUAUGUGUGGGUUCAUGACUACCAUUUGAUGGUUUUGCCGACAUUUUUGAGGAAGAGGUUUAAUAGAGUAAAGCUUGGGUUCUUCCUCCAUAGUCCAUUUCCAUCAUCUGAAAUAUAUCGUACUCUUCCUGUUAGGGAUGAACUUCUGAGAGCACUUCUCAAUGCUGACCUUAUUGGCUUUCAUACUUUUGAUUAUGCAAGGCACUUCCUCUCUUGCUGUAGUAGGAUGCUUGGUCUUUCUUAUCAGUCUAAGCGAGGUUACAUAGGUCUCGAGUAUUAUGGUCGCACUGUCAGCAUAAAGAUUCUGCCUGUUGGGAUUCAUAUAGGCCAACUCCAAUCAGUGUUGAAUCUUCCUGAGACAGAAUCGAAGGUUGCAGAGUUACAUGAUCAGUUUAGAGGUCAAACUGUCAUUCUUGGCGUUGAUGACAUGGAUAUUUUUAAAGGAAUCAGCUUGAAACUUUUGGCCAUGGAGCAACUGCUCUUGCAACAUCCUGAUAAGAGGGGUGAAGUUGUUCUGGUUCAAAUUGCAAACCCAGCAAGAGGCCGAGGACGUGAUGUGCAAGAGGUUCAAUCUGAAACCAAGGCCACUGUGAGGAGGAUUAACGAGAUAUUUGGAAGACCAGGAUAUGCUCCAGUAGUUUUAAUUGAUACCCCACUCCAAUUUUAUGAGCGCAUUGCUUAUUAUGUCAUUGCAGAAUGUUGUCUUGUUACUGCAGUAAGGGAUGGGAUGAAUUUAAUACCCUAUGAGUAUGUUAUAUGCCGGCAAGGAAAUGAUAAGCUGGACGAGACAUUGGGGCUAAACACAUUUGAUCCAAAAAAGAGCAUGCUGGUUGUUUCGGAGUUUAUUGGAUGCUCUCCAUCAUUAAGUGGGGCAAUUCGAGUAAAUCCAUGGAACAUUGAUGCUGUGGCUGAAGCUAUGGAUUCUGCUCUAGUAAUCCCUGAGCCAGAAAAGCAGAUGCGACAUGAGAAGCACUAUAGGUAUGUUAGUACGCAUGAUGUUGCAUAUUGGGCUCGUAGCUUUUUGCAGGACCUUGAAAGGGCUUGCAGGGAUCAUGUGAGGAGGAGGUGUUGGGGAAUUGGAUUUGGUUUAGGUUUUCGGGUAAUUGCUUUGGACCCAAAUUUCAGGAAACUUUCAGUUGAACACAUUGUUUCGGCUUAUAAGAGGACAAAGCAUCGUGCAAUUCUUUUGGAUUAUGAUGGAACUAUGAUUCUUUCAGGUUCGAUUAGUACUGCUCCUAGCACAGAGGCUGUUGGAAUCUUGAACAAUUUAUGUAGAGACCCAAAGAAUGUGGUUUUUGUUGUCAGUGGGAAGGACAAGGAGACUUUAGCUGAAUGGUUUUCUUCUUCUGAAAAGCUUGGGAUUGCAGCAGAGCAUGGUUAUUUUGUAAGGCCAAAUCAUGAUGUAGAUUGGGAAACAUGUGUCUCAGUGCCAGAUUUUGAUUGGAAACAGAUUGCUGAGCCAGUAAUGAAAUUAUAUACUGAAACAACUGAUGGUUCGGCCAUUGAGACCAAAGAGAGUGCUCUAGUAUGGAAUUACCAAUAUGCAGAUCCAGAUUUUGGUUCGUGCCAGGCUAAGGAGCUUCUAGAUCAUCUAGAAAGUGUUCUUACAAAUGAGCCAGUUUCAGUCAAGAGUGGCCAACACAUAGUAGAAGUUAAACCUCAGGGGGUGAACAAAGGUCUGGUGGCGCAGUGUCUCCUGGAAACAAUGCAAAAGAAAGGAAUGCUUCCUGAUUUUGUUCUGUGCAUUGGGGAUGACCGAUCUGAUGAAGACAUGUUUGAGGUGAUAAUGAGUGCAAGGGCAGGCCCCUCUCUUUCCCCAGUUGCUGAAGUUUUUGCUUGCACUGUUGGCCAAAAACCUAGCAAGGCUAAGUACUACUUGGAAGACACGUCUGAGAUUUUGAGAAUGCUGGAAGGCCUGGCCAAUGCUUCAGAGCUGGCUGCCCGAAGCUCUCCACCAAUCGGCGCAAAGACUGAUCAUUGAUACAGAGUAACUCAUUGGAUCUUCCUGUGUUUAUUGAUUGUUUAUGUGAUUUGAGUAUUUCGUGUAGUCUAGACUUUUGGGGUUUUAUAUGGUUGGGGGUGAAAUUGAGGUUUGGUGGUUUUAGGUCUUUGGCAUGUUUAUUUAUUUUUGUCCAAAUUAUGUUGCAUAGUAAUUAUAGUUUUCUCAAACUGAUGGUGCCUCUUAGUCUCUUCUAGAAAUUAUCUGUUUGUUCAUAUAUAUACAUAUGUUUUUAUUGAAGGUAAUGAUAAAGGUUUCUAGAAUC